CGCAAUAAGUGAACGAAACGGCGCCGAGCAUUCCGGCGACGCCAGACAACGCGGCACAAUCGAGACGAGAUAAUCGCCGUAGGACGCAGCUUUAAGCCCACCCCGUCGUGUCGGUCCGCUCGCACAGUCAGUUUGCAGCAUCCAAGCAUCGAGGAUGGGAAUCAUUAAGACAGCGUCGGAGAGCGUCCUCGAAGAGACCGUUGUGCCGAGCGAGGAAGCGAAUUACUCUCUGCAAGGACAUACCGAGGAAUGGAGCGAGAACUUUCCCUAUCAGCUUCUAAUAGGAGCAGGAGUGGCCUUGGUUGGCCUAGUCCUCCUGGCUGCGGUGAGCUUCCAAUGCUCUUCCACUUGGCGAUGGCUGAUGAGCAUGACUCGGCACGAGAAUGUAGAGAAUACCGAGUCCGAUCAGACUCAGCAAAACGCGAUUCGCAUUAGUCACUCUCUUCCGGAUCUCCAAUCGGAACCGAUUACUCACGAAUAUGUUCAAGAACAGAAGGAUAAUAAGAAGGUAUUGCGUCAAACCACUUUACCCAUCGUACCGAUGAGACAUCAAAGUUUCCAACGCCAGUUAUCGCACCGACUUGAUCUACCCAACAUUAAAUUCAGUAUUUGCAGUUUCGAGAAUCGCAGCGACUCUAGUCUUGGUCUUAUUAAGCCGGAAUUAUAUAAAAAAGAGCUCGUGAGGCAAGAAAGCGCGGAAAGCUCCAGUACAACAGAAAUGGAAUAUGCCGGAAAACUGCAUUUUGCUCUUCGCUAUGAUAAAGAAAUCGAAGGACUCGUUGUCAAAGUUCUGGAAGCUCGCGAGUUGCCAAUAAAGGAUGUAACAGGCAGCAGUGAUCCGUACGUCAAAGUGUAUCUGUUGCCCGACAGAAAGAAGAAAUUUCAAACAAAAGUACAUAGGAAGAAUUUAAAUCCAAUAUUCAAUGAAACGUUCAUUUUUAGCGUAUCGUACGAAGAAUUGAGGGAACGCUAUCUACAAUUCUCAGUCUACGACUUCGAUCGGUUUUCGCGUCACGAUCUUAUUGGACAAGUGGUCCUUAAAGGACUCAUAGAUUGUACCGACCUCGAGCAAGAAAUUGAAUAUACGAUGGACAUCCUCUGCGCUUUACAGGAAAAAGUAGAUCUCGGAGAAUUGAUGUUAUCAUUAUGCUAUCUGCCAACGGCCCGUCGCUUAACGUUAACCGUCAUCAAAGCUAGAAAUCUGAAGGCAAUGGAUAUAACGGGCAAAUCAGAUCCUUACGUGAAAGUUUAUCUGCUGUGUCAAGGCAAAAGAAUAAAGAAGAAGAAGACGACGGUGAAGAAAAACACUCUUUAUCCGGUUUACAAUGAAGCGCUUGUUUUCGAUGUUCCCGCUGACAAUGUUGAGGAUGUCAGUCUUAUAGUGAAAGUAAUUGAUUACGACAGAAUUGGAUCGAAUGAGUUAAUGGGAUGCACGGCGAUUGGAUCGAGCUUCAUUGGGAUCGGCCGAGAUCACUGGCUGGAGAUGUUGGAUAAUCCAAGAAAACCGGUGGCGCAAUGGUACCCGUUGAUGGAGACUGUGGCUGGUCAUAUCCCAGCUGUGGACUCCGAUCCACUUCCAGUAAGCCUGAGCUGCUUAAACAGUAGGCUGCAUUGCAGAUGAAGACAAAAGGCGGAAAUUAAACAUUGCAAAAGCUCGCAAAUAUUGUCGGACGCCGGCUUGGACAUCGUCUCCUUCUGUCGUCAUUUAAUGCACAUCGCUUGACUGACUUAAGUACAACCUCUGUUUCAAAGAGCCGGAAGGCGAACUCUGUGCUUUGCAACCUUACCUCGUGCAGCAGGCAUGAAAUAAUAAACGAUCCGGCAUAACGAAACCGAUCAUACGUUGCUCAAUUCCGACGAUCCGAUAAGUAAACGGAAACGAGAUAAAUUUACGUUGCUUUGUCUCUCUGUGCAGGCUGGUCCCGCACCAUUUCAAACGCAGGUCACUGUAUCCAGAUACCCUCCCCUCCGUAGAAAUUGUUCCCUAUCAACGUGAUGUUGAGCAUGACGGUAGCUUAAAUGUCUUUAGAUUAAUCGCGCGAGAUCAGAUAGGUAAGUUUUUAUAGAAGACAAAUAUAAGCGUGAGAGUGAAAGAGGGAUGCAAGGCCUUGUCCUCGAUGAAGGCAAGAUGAAAACUAGUGCAGGCAGAUUUAGACGACAGAUUGCUUUAGCAAGCAGAGUACAAUUGAAUAGAUUUCUAAGAUAGCGAACGCGAUUGGAUCCGUGCGCCGUUUAUUAUUUCACGCUCGCUACCACUUCUGCGCAAAUGUUCUAUUAACGUGAUGUAUGUUUAGAGAUAAUGUCCGACGAGACGGGCACUAUUUGUGAUAAUGUAUCUGAACAUAUACGUACUAGCACACACAUAUGUACAAGCGACACAUGCAUAAUGUGAUCCAGAAAUCAUGGGCGGCUGCUUCGUGCACGCGUGUACGUUCGGCUGACGCGACUAUCCGAGAUUGUGAACUUGAUAAUAAAUAAAAUAUACAUCUAGAUCGUAUAUAAGGAAUUACAUAUACUUAGUGGAAAAGGGCGAACAAUGUAAUUCUCUUAUAAUUUAACAAAUUACGGAUAUAUCAUUUAUGUGCAUGCGUAUGUUUAAGAAUAUAAUAUUUUGAAAAGGGAGUAAAGUAGCGUAGAGAUGGAUUUUCAGUGAGAAAUCUAAUAUUUCUUUGAGAGUUAUGUUUGGCCAGAAUACGCGAAUGUCUUUAACAAGUACAGAUCUGUGAAUUGUACUUUAUUAAUAUAUUUUAAAAAAUAUUUAGUCGAUUACAUUUACACGAGAAUAUGUACGAAACAAAUCUGAAUAUCUAAGAAAUAUGGGCGUUUCUGGAAAAUGGAUGGGGUCGAAAUGGAACGCUAACAAGUCCCCAAAUUUUAUGAGAAACAAAAUGUGGAUAUAAUUGCGAUUUGUAUUCUUUUGAUUUUUUCAAGAGUGUCUAACUUUAAUUGUCAUAAGCCCUUACCGAUUGCAUAAAGAGAUGGAGAUGUGAGUCGAAAAAGUAUACGUAAUUAACAUAUAGAAUUAUAUUACGCAAACUGUAGGUAAACAAAAACGAUAUCAAAUUUGGUGAUAAACAAUAUUUCGAGUGACAUAGUGUCUAGCGAAAAAAAUGUGCCGACAAAAUAACGAUGUAGCAGUAGUAUGAUUGAAGGUAGUACGUUCUUAAUCACACAUGCUUAAUGUUAGAAACUCUUGCGCGUUGAAAAUGCUAGAAGCGUGCCGUAAUAAUCCUAGACUAUUCCACUAUUUCGAGUCAAUAUCUCUCGAUAUCUAUAUGCCUGCCUGUAAGCCGUAAGGAACGUCUUUCUAAAUCUCUCCUUGAAAAUUUCUCAUCUACUCCAUUGUUCCAGCGAUGCCCAUAAAAGUAAAAAAAAA